UGUGGUAUUCCCAGCCCACAACCCACAACCCUCCGCGGGCUGGAAUGAAGUGAGGAGGCGGUGAGGAGGCGGUGAGCAGCAGUUUGUGUGGAGCUGAUGACAUUGGGCUGGAGAACUCCACUGAAUGGAAAAGCUACUUCGACUUCAACUGGCUCGGAGAAGAAAAACAGUGAUUUUUAACUGGGUGAAAAUAGUUUACUUUCAGCAAAACGGGCUAGAAUUAGUUGAUGCAAGCAAUCGUUCUGUUUUUUUGCGGAUUGUCUAAAUUGCCAGAUAAUUAGCAAAAGGUAUGCGUAAGUUAACUAACGUUAGCCAAGUCUGUAGUUUAAUUAGCCUAGCUAGCUAGCUAACUUUGGUUAGCUAAAAUGUACACACUACAGAUUGGAAGGGACGCUCGUAGUUUUUGGGGAACUUUCCACGAGUUUAUUACAUUGCAUUGAUGUCUCCUUUUUGAGUUAUGCUUUCAAGAAAGAAAAGUAAAAGCGAGGCGUCGAAACCAGCGGAAGUACACGGGAAAUAUGUGAAGAAGGAGACUUCACCAGUCCUGAGAAAUCUCAUGCCCUCAUUCAUCCGACAUGGACCCACUAUUCCCAGACGCACCGAGGUCCCUCUGCCUGAGCCUGGUCCCUCAGCCUACCCUGUGGGAACCAGCCCUGAACCUGUGGUGGUCCGCAACAAGAGCUUCCUGCGCGCCCCUGUGCAGAGACCACCCCACGAGGUGGCUCGGCGGGAGAGCCAUAGGAUGUCAGCCCCUCCGUACCUACCACGUAGCCUGGGGGAUAUAACCCACGAGUACGGAGGCUCCUCACAGUCCUUCCUCGCGGACGUGAGCGCCGCGGCUGAGAACGGUGACACUGGACGCUACUACUACCCCCCGCCUCCGGAACCUUACUACGACAGCCAGCAGCAGCAGCAGCAGAGACGGCCUCAGCCCAGGCCCCAGCAGCCCAGAGCACCUGAACGCUUCCAUGAGGACUAUAGAUACUAUGAACACAACGAACACCCAAACUUCCAAAGACUACCACCACCACAACAACACACUUCCCCGACCCCAAACAGACCGCCAACAGGUAUUGGUCGGAUGCAGGCUAAGUCUCUGGGGAACCUGUCCAGUCCGAGCGGCGAGGACCUCCCCCUGCCCCGUGGUUGGACGGUAGACUGGACCAUCCGAGGCAGGAAGUACUACAUCGACCACAACACCAACACCACCCACUGGUCCCACCCCCUGGAGAGAGAGGGUCUGCCCCCUGGCUGGGAGAAGGUGGAGUCAGCUGAGUUUGGGACCUACUACGUGGACCACCUCAACAAGAGGGCUCAGUAUAGACACCCCUGUGCUCCUAGCGUGCCUCGUUAUGACCAGCCCCCUCCCCUGCCCCCUCCGGUAGUGUACCAGCCUCGCCCCUCGGAGAGGAACCAUCCGGUACUGGUACCAGCCAACCCGUACCACACGGCAGAGAUCCCUGACUGGCUACAGGUGUAUGCCCGCGCCCCGCUCAAGUAUGACCACAUCCUGAAGUGGGAGCUGUUCCAGCUGGUGGAUCUGGACACGUACCAGGGCAUGUUGAAGCUACUCUUCAUGAAGGAACUGGAGCGCAUCGUCAAGUCCUACGAGGCCUACCGUCAGGCCCUGCUGUCUGAGGUGGACCAAAGGAAACCGAGGCAGCAGUGGUACACUCAGGCCCAGCAGCAGUCGGGCAAGAACUUCACAGGGAACAUGUGAACUGGGUCGUAAAUUCACUAGGAAGCAAACGGGGGAGAAAACAAAGAAGGACCUACCUGAAUUUGUCCAAUAAUAAACCAGUUGGUUGUUGCUAAACAGUUUUGCUACAGUGUGCACUAAUGAAUACAACCCCGAAUCGACUGGACGGAGGAAUGGACUCUGUGCUAGCUCAACAUUGGACUUCAAGGACUCUCAUUCUACACUGUUCAUACGGAGUUCAGCCCGGGUGAACUGUUGUC